UCUCUUCCAGUUUUCUUCUUCUUCAUCACAAUCACACCAAACUCUCUCUCUCUUUCUCUACCCAUCUCUAACGGCAGAGCUGACUCAGUUCCUCUCCGGCAUUGACCUCGCCCUGAGAAUCAUAACCUCCCUCAGAUCGAUUCUUUAGUUAAAAGGAGUGAUCGUCUCUCUCUCUAUCGCCUGGUUUCAUCAAUGUUUGGUUGUUAGGCUGAAACAAAUUUGUUAGAGUGAUGAGCUCCAGGGGUAAUAAUCCUGUGGAGAAUCAAUUCAUGGGCUCUUGGGCUCCGAUCACACCCAGGAAGCCCAUGCGAGGUGGAUCAAGCGUGGUUGUAGACGGUGGUGGUGGGCAAGAUCGUAAUUACUACACAGGGGAGAGAGAGGAGGAUCCUUUGGGAAGGAGCAAUGUUGCUUCUAAUUCUCAAGGUGGAUGUAGUAAUGUGUUUGAACUGGACGACUUGUUGGAUACGGAUCAGAUGCCUAUGUCGUUCACAAGCCUGCUGAGUGGUGGAGAUCAUUUGUUCCAGGUUCCUCAAUGUGGAACUCCAGCGAGUAGCAGGCCUCUUUACAAUUUGAAUUCUCCACCUACAAGUGAAGCAGCUGGGUACGUCUGUGAGAGUUCUGUUCAACCUGUGCCUUCAACGCCUAGUCUGUUGUGCCGAACAGGUCGGGAUAAUGGGUUCCUGGAAACCACAGGGCAGACAUCUGACUACGGCAUGCAGAGCGUUGUGGCAUCGUCUGUUGUUAACUCGACGGAAGUUACUGAACAGAAGGAUGGUAGGAGACAAAGUGAUCUGGGGUUUGAUCUUAACCAGACACCUCAGCAGAAACCCUCCAAAAAGAAGAAGAAGUUCAUGCCCAAGGUGUAUGUGGAAGGCAAACCUAUAAGGAAGCCACGCAAACCUGCAACUCAGGAAGCUGCGAAACAUAAAGCAACCGGGGGUGGCAAAAGGAAGAAAGCUCAGAAGACAAACUUGAAAGAAUCAGCAGCUAACAAGCCAGCCAUCGGUGGAGAUAUGAGCAACACUAGCCUUGAAAUUACAGGCAAAAGUUGCAGAAAGGCUUUAUCUUUUGACUUGGAGAAAACUGGAGAUGUGGGGCUAGAUGACUCCGGGUCUGAAAUUUUCCAGAACACUAGUGGUUCAAACUCAUUUACUGAGUCCAGAGAUGCCGCUGGUGGAACAAGUGGUAGCUGGCUGGAUUCAGUAACACAAGUAGACAAGACCAAUGGAUUGGUUGCUGCGAACCAGCCACUUGAAGCGUCAACAGUCGUGACACUACCCAGAGGAUCAGAAGUAAACCAUUCUCGAAUACUGGGCAGAGACCAACAACCUGAAUUAUUCACUGGAAACCAGCAACGCCAGUUGCCAAUGGGAAACCAGCAACGCCAGUGGCCAAUGGAAAACCAGCAACGCCAGUUGCCAAUGGAAAACCAACAAGCUUGGCUUCACAUGAAAAACCAACUUUGUGGCUUUCCAGUCGGUAACCAGCAGCCUCGCUUGGCCAUGGGUAGCCAAGAACCUAAGUAUCUGAUGGGAACCCAACGAUCUGCUUUGGCGAGUGGAAUCCAACAACCAGGAGGUCUCCAAGGGAACAACCAGCCUAUGUUUUUGAAUCAGCAAACACAGCAGACUUACUUACCUGCUGAAAAUCAACAAUAUGGGUCACCGUCAGGCAUGCAGCAGCAUGUUAUGUCAACCAGGGGGCAACAACAUGGGCUGCUGCUGGAUAACCAGAGAUCUAACCAGCAACCUGGUUCAUCAAUGAGAGGCCAGCAGACUUGCUUACCUGCUGGAAAUCAACAACAUGGACCACCGCCAGGCAUGCAGCAGCAUGUUAUGUCAACCAGGGGGCAACAACAUGGGCUGCUGCUGGAUAACCAGAGAUCUCACCAGCAACCUGGUUCAUCAAUGAGAGGCCAGCAGACUUUCUUACCUGCUGGAAAUCAACAACAUGGAUCACCGUCAGGCAUGCAGCAGUAUAUGUCAACCAGGGGGCAGCAACAUGCGCUGCUGCUGGAUAACCAGAGAUCUCACCAGCAACCUGGUUCAUCAAUGAGAGGCCACCAGACUUGCUUACCUGCUGGAAAUCAACUACAUGGACCACCGCCAGGCAUGCAGCAGCAUGUUAUGUCAACCAGGGGGCAACAACAUGGGAUGCUGCUUGAUAACCAGAGAUCUCAACUUCUGAUGAGAAACCCGCAACCUGGUUCAUCUAUGAGAGGCCAGCAGACUUGCUUACUUGCUGGAAAUCAACAAUAUGGAUCACUGUCAGCUAUGCAGCAGCCUGUUAUGUCACCCAGGCAGCAACAACAUGGGAUGCUGCUGGGGAACCAGGAAUCUCAAUUUCUGAUGGGUAACCAGCAACCUGGUUCAUCAAUGAGGGGCCAGCAGCCUUGCGUACCUUUGAUGAACAGGCAACUUGGAACUCCUAAAGGUUUUACUCACUUGAAUCAGAUGGUAGCUGCCAACAUGUCAUCGUCUGGGCUUCGACCUCAUCCUCAAUCACAAACUCCGGCAACAAAUCUGUAUAUGGAAUCUGUUUCCGGGAGUAUGAAUGGGACUGCAGAUACAUAUCAAAGAAGCAGCAUUGCUGGAUACGGUUCUUCACCGCAAGAUAUCUACCAAGGAAAUGAGCGCAUCCCAUCUCAUGAGAGAUCCAAUGCUGAAUAUUUUGACUUACGCAAGAAAGCCCUAUCUCAAAACUCUGCUUUGCCAACUCCAGAUAACGCUAAACAUGUCGAAGCCAGGGGUUCGAAGAGACAGUAUGAUCCUGCGAUGGGACAUAUGCAAAACUCAGUAGCUCAUUGGCCCUUACUCCAACAAAUUUCUCAAUCACAAGAUGUGGAGAGACAGAACAUUAGCACGAGUGCGAAACAUAUAGACGCUGCAAAGAAAAUGAGAAUCCAGAAAGCAGUCCAAGAAAAGUUGCAUGGCGUGGCUCCUGAGGUAAUAGAUAUCGAGGAUUAUCCAACUGAUGGGGCAAGAAAAGAUAAAAGUGGUGUCCCAAAAACUCCCGCAAAAAAGGGUCUUAGAGGGAGAAAGAAAGCAGUACCUCCACCAGCUCAAAAUUCUGCAGAUAAUGAGAAAGGUAUUGUCCCAGAAACUCCAGCAAGAAAGGGCCCUAGAGGGAGAAAGAAAACAGUACCUCCGCUACCCAAUGCCUCAGAGAUCCAGGUUUACAAACCUACUCAAGCAAAGGCACCUUCAUCAAGAAGUAAGGCUAAAGAGAAAGGAGUGAAGUCCAAACAAGCAAGAGGUCAAUCAGGAGAACUUCUACGUGAAGAUUGUAUUGCAGAAAUAAUAUACAGGUUGCAGAAUCUAUAUAUAGGAGAUGAAAGCAGAGAACAAGAGCAGAAUGCACUUGCCAUAUACAAAGGAGAUGGUGCAGUUGUUCCAUAUGAGACCAAGAAGAAAAAACCAAGGCCUAAAGUUGACCUUGAUGAUGAAACAACUCGGAUAUGGAAUCUUUUGAUGGGGAAAGAAGAAAAAGAGGGCAAUGGCGAGAGGAAUAAGAAAAAAGAGAAGUGGUGGGAAGAAGAGAGAAAUGUUUUCCGAGGGAGGGCUGAUUCAUUUAUUGCCCGUAUGCAUCUUGUGCAAGGAGAUAGACGUUUUUCGCCAUGGAAGGGAUCGGUGGUUGAUUCCGUCAUUGGAGUUUUCCUUACUCAGAAUGUCACAGAUCACCUUUCAAGCUCUGCUUUCAUGUCUCUAGCUGCACGAUUCCCUCCAAAACCAAGCAGCAAACCAGAAGAUGAAAGGAAUAUUAGAAGCGUAGUUGUUGAAGAUCCAGAAGGAUGCAUUCUGAACUUAAAUGACACCCCUCCGUGGCAGGAAAAGGUUCAAACUUCGUCUGAUACGCAAGUUUCUGGGGUUGAUAGUGGAUCAAAAGAGCAGCAAAGGUCCUGUUCAAACUCUGGAAUCGAAAGAUUUAAUUUCUUAGAGAACAGUAGUCAGAACUUAGAAGAGGAAGUGUUAUCAUCACAAGAUUCUUUUGAUCCUGCGAGUUGGACAUCUCAAUCGUCCGGGAGAGUUGGAUCCUCUUCAGGUUCCAAAUCAGACGCAGAGUUUUCUACAACCAGGUCUGAAACAAAAACAGCCAGUGGAUCAGCACAAUCAGUGCAAAUUGGGAGUCCAAACUUGUCUGAUGAAAGAUCGCUUCUCCAUCAAGAAUCUGGUGAUGUUCAAAUACAAGAAACUUCAAAUGUCGCUCAGAAGAAACCUGAUAUGACGGCAGAUUUAGUCGAUAUAGAAGAUUUUGGAAUGGACUUCGUACCAACAAAUUUCACCAUGGCACGUGAGAAGAAAGGAACACAGGCUGCUGGGAAAAAGCCUACAAGCCAAUGGGAUAGUCUUAGAAGAGAAGUGCUGGAGAGAAAAGGGAAAAAAGAAAGAAGCAAAGAAAGCAUGGACUCUAUUGAUUAUGAAGCCAUUAGACGUGCUAGCGUCUAUGAGAUAUCUGAUGCUAUCAAAGAAAGAGGAAUGAAUUACAUGCUGGCUGUAAGGAUUAAGGAUUUCCUUGAAAGGAUAGUCAAGGAUCACGGUUCUGUUGAUCUUGAAUGGCUAAGGGAUGUUCAUCCUGAUAAAGCAAAGGACUAUCUGUUGAGCAUAAGAGGAUUGGGUUUGAAAAGUGUAGAAUGCAUUCGACUCUUGACACUCCACAAUAUGGCUUUCCCUGUUGACACCAAUGUCGGAAGGAUAGCAGUUAGGCUGGGAUGGGUGCCUCUACAACCUCUACCUGAAUCACUUCAACUACACCUUCUGGAGCUAUACCCAGUGCUUGAGUCCAUCCAAAAGUUUCUUUGGCCAAGACUCUGCAAACUCGAUCAACCAACACUGUAUGAGUUACACUACCAGCUGAUUACAUUUGGAAAGGUAUUUUGCACGAAGAGUAGACCAAAUUGUAAUGCAUGUCCCAUGCGAGGAGAGUGCAGGCACUUUGCUAGUGCUUAUGCUAGUGCAAGACUUGCGUUGCCGGCAUCAGAGGAGAGGGGCUUAACUACUGCAACUAUCCCAGUCCCUCCCCAAUCCUUUCCUCCUGCAUCCAUCCCGAUGAUGGAACUACCUCCUCCUCUAGAGAGUUCUCCUCUACAGAGUUUUCUAACAAGGGAAGUACCAUCGAAUGGAGGAAGCUCGGAACCCAUAAUAGAAGAGCCGGCUACGCCCGAGCCAGUAUACCCUGAGAUAACGGAGAGUGACAUUGAAGAUGCUUACUACAACGAGGACCCUGACGAGAUUCCAACAAUUGAACUCAACAUUUCACAAUUCGGCCAGACGCUUAAGGAACACAUGAAGAAUAACAUGGAGCUCCAAGAAGGUGACAUGUCCAAGGCUUUGGUCGCUUUGGAUCCAUCCACUACUUCAAUUCCAACUCCCAAACUAAAGAACAUUAGCCGUCUCAGGACAGAGCACCAAGUGUAUGAGCUCUGGGAUUCACAUCCCCUCCUCGCUGGUAUGGAUAAAAGAGAACCAGAUGACCCAAGUCCUUAUCUCUUAGCUAUUUGGUCACCUGGGGAAACGGCGAAUUCGGCUGGACAGAAAUGUGGAGGGAAAGCGUCUGGCAAAUUGUGCUUUGACGAGGCUUGCUCAGAGUGCAACGGCGUGAGGGAAGCGAAUUCACAGACAGUUAGAGGAACUCUUCUGAUACCGUGUCGAACUGCCAUGAGAGGAAGCUUUCCCCUCAACGGCACAUAUUUUCAAGUGAACGAGGUAUUUGCAGAUCACGAAUCCAGUCUCGAACCCAUAGAUGUUCCUAGAGACUGGAUAUGGGAUCUACCGAGAAGAACUGUUUACUUCGGGACAUCGGUAACAUCAAUAUUUAAAGGUAUGUCGACAGAACAGAUUCAGUACAGCUUCUGGAGAGGAUUCGUCUGUGUGCGAGGAUUCGAACCCAAGACCAGAGCACCUCGCCCGCUGAUGGCCAGGUUGCAUUUCCCGAAAAACAAAGUGAAGAACAAAACCUGAAGAUCAGUGGAUUGAAGAAACAGCGUUGCUUCUCUGUUCUCCUCUGAAUAAAAGACAAGCAAAAACCUCAUCUAGACAUAAAACAGAACACCAAAUAGUUUUUUUUUUUAAAUAUAAUUUAUGCCUUCAUUCAUAGAGCAGAAGAGAAACAAAAGAAGUUAGCAAAAUGCCAAAGGAAGAUUUCGUAGGUUCUUUUAAUUUCUCUCUAACAAAUUGUAGCAUUCGUGCAAAUCCAAACGCAUGUGAACAUUUAGAUAUGAAUGCGUCUUUCUACCGUCAGUUAAUGCAUCUUUCAGUCUC